AUGCAUUAUGCAGCCGUCGGAAGUGUCGAUAGAACAACAAACGCGGAUUACGGAUGUGUUUGUGAGAAAGUGGGUGCUGCGCAAUUUUAUAACUGACUUAAAGCCGCCGUAUUUUAGCUAUGGAAUUAAUUAUACUCAGCAAUUCCGUGCCAAAUGCCAGCCUGCAUUUGGGACGGCAGUGGACAAUAUGGAUCCAGUUCCAAAUAAUCUUAUUGGAGAGGUAAGUAUAAUAAGUCGGUUUUUCGAGCUGCGCCCGAUCCUUGAACCCAAUUAUUAUCCAACGAUUUGAAGUUAUGCCUUUUGGGCAUUAUUCUGUUCAAAAAAAGAGCAGUAAAAUCGCCAUUUUCAAAGAAAAUUAUUUUUCCGAGCUGCGCCCGAGCUUUCCCUUGUCUUUCGAUGCUUAGCUAUUCCUUGCAAUUUUAAUGCUUUUUGAGCGUUUUUCUAGCCCAGAAAAUCAGUUGAACUUCAUUUUCAGACCGAUUCCGAAAACUAAUUUCUCCAGGUUGCGCCCGAGCCUUCACUUAAAUCUCAAUUUUCAGCUAAUUUUUCCUUUCUGAGACUUUUGCCUAAUCCGCAAAAUUUCUUAGACUACAUUUUCUAACCGAUUUCCAGAAAAAUAAUUUUUCCGAACUGCGCCCUAGCUUUGACUUGGAUCUUGAUUUUCAAGUAGUCCUUGGAAUUUUUCACGCCUUCUCACACUUUUUCCUAUACCGAGAAACCGGUAGAACUUUAUUUUCUGACCGAUCACAAAAAAAUAACUUUUUCCAAGCUGCGCCCGAGAUUUCACCUAGAUCUCAAUUUGUGGUUGGUUAUCGGAGUUUUAGUGGCUUCUGACAUCUUUUCCGGGCUCAGAAAACCCGUAGAACUUCAUUUUCCGACCGAUUUCCAAAAAAUAAUUUUUUCCUAACUGCGCCCUAGCUUUGACUUGAUUCUCGAUUUUUAACUAGUUUUUUGGAAUUUUUACUGCUUUUGAGACUAUUGCUAACCCUACAAAACCGGUAGAACUUUAUUUGCUCACCAAUUCGCAAAAAAAAUUUUUUCCAAGCUGCGCCCGAGCUUUGACUUGGACUUGAUUUUCGUGGGAAAUUUCAGAAAAAAACUAUUGUUUUGCUGUAAAAUACGGCUUUCUUUAUUUUUUUCAAUUCUUUUUGUUUCAGCGGCAGAAAUUGACGCCUCUCUGCGAAUAUGUGACGUAAGUUUAUGAACAGUUUUAGCUAUUUUUACUAUAUAUGUAAAAAUUAAAGAAAAAUCGAAAAAAAAACAAAAAAAAAACGACUUGUUUUUAUUUACAGGGGAAGUACUUCAAGUGUGACGCUCAGAUUUUCUUUAAAUUUUGCACACACAUCGGGUAUGGACUAAAUAUCAAUUCCUGAAAGUUUUAGCUCGCGCUUUGCGGGCGCCGCCGAGAUAUUGAACGAUUUUUGCCGCCGAGAGAGCACGCUCAACGUGGAGAGCGGUCAGAGAGAAAACACCUUUUUGGCCAUAACUUUGGCAGUUUCGUGCGGAAAAAUUUGAUUUUUUGUAGAAACAUUAUUCUUUACGGUUGAAAUAGGCAUGAAACUUUUCGUGCCGAAAUUCGGCAAAAAGUCCCAAAUUUUCGCCGACUUUCGAUCUAAAAAUCUCGGUUGUUUCUGCAAAGCGCGAGCUAGGAUUCCCGCAUAUAUCUUAGAAAAAAUUAUUCUAAAUUUGUGCCAAGUUUCAUCAAAAUCUGAGCGUCACACUUCAAGUACUUCCCUUGUUAGUUAUCACGCAGCCACUGGCAGCCCUUCAAACAUGAAGUCCGCAAUCUCCAUUGAUGCCCUCAAAAUCGACGCCGCUGAGACGUUGCAUAUUGUUGUUUGGAGUGUGGAGAAAAUUGAAUUGAAGAUGAUUUGGGGAAAAGGUUGCCAUAUUUCAAUGGAAAUAGAGAACGGCUCAUCAUUAGUGACAACAAUCGAUGGGGAACAGCUGAAGGAAUGCAAUUCCAGGGUAGGAGAUUAGCACGUUUUUUGGAGGAUAUUUGAACAAUAUUUGGGGGCUUUAGGUUGCAAAAAAAAAAAAAAAUUAAAAAAAAAAUCUUUAAAAAAAUGCUGAUUUUUAAGAUUUUUAUUUCGGGAGUAUAAAAAAAAUGAUAAAAGUUCCUUAUUUUGGCCACAACUUAUAACUUUGCGGAAACUGGUCGAAAUUAGCCCAAAUUUAGCGUGCACGCUCAAUUCAUCGUUGUCAAUGCCCGGACAGUGGAUUUAGUUGGUGAGGUACCUUCUUUUUUCAGUACCACCUUACCCUUCAAAAACGGCUGCUGCCUGUGAUUUUACACUUUAUACGGUGAAACAUGUCCGGAACUAAACUUAUUGACUCCGUAUGGAACUAAAUGAGUCGUCACAGCCUUCGUAGGUACCCCUAAAACUAUAGAGCUAUUAUAGUAAUUCAGUGGCAACUAGGUCGAAGCGUCUUUUCCUAGCUUUAGUGCCCAAGCUUGGGCGCAGUUCGCAGAGUACCUUUGUUGUGGCCAAAAUAAGGAACUUUUCCCGAAAUACUUUCCUUGUUAGAAUUUUUCGAUUUUUUUCCGUUUUUACACAUUUAUUCUUGCAACUUUCAGGACUACUACAAUAUCCUAGUCUUUAACAAAGAUCGAAACCAGACUUUUGAAGCGCUGAUUUGGGUAAGUUAGCGUUGGAAGUCACUCAAAAAGUCUUUUAUUUUAUUUUUCAGCUGAGAAGGGACGGACAGGAACAAAAGUUGAUUUACAAUCCCCUGGGAGGCUACGAAUGGUAUAUGCCACAACGACCGCAAGUUAUACACGGGAACUUUGGAACCUAUUUUCGGUAAAAAAAUUUUCUUUUUGGAUUUUUUACUGUGCAGUAAAGAGAAUUAUUGAUUUGCACUGUGCAAAUUUUUUUUUUGAUUUUUAUUGUUUGCACAGUGCGUGGAAACAUUUUGUCGCGAAUGCACUGUGCGACAAAAAAUUUUUUUUAAUUUUUACUGCACAGUGCAAAACUCCUUUGACUCUUGUCGCACGGUGCGAAUUUUUUACAAAAAUUAAAAUUUUUUUGUCGCUAAUGCACUGUGCGGCAAAAAGUUUUUCUCUUUACGGAAAAGUUCCUUAUUUUGGCCACAACAAAGAAACUCCGCGAACUGCGCCCAAGCUUGGGCACUAAAGUUAGGAAAAAACGCUUCGACCUAGCUGGAACUGAAUUACUAUAAUAGCUCUAUAGUUCUAAGGGUACCUACGAAGGCUGUGACGACUCAUUUAGUUCCAUACGGAGGCAAUAAGUUGAGUUCCGGACAUGUUUCAUCGUAUAAAGUGUAAAAUCACAGGCUGCAGCCGUUUUUGAAGGGUAAGGUUUAUAAGGUGGUACGUAAAAAAGAAGGUACCUCACUAACUAAAUCCACUGUCCGGGCUUUGACAACGAUGAAUUGAGCGUGCACGCUAAAUUUGGGCUAAUUCCGACCAGUUUCCGCAAAGUUGUAAGUUGUGGCCAGAAUAAGGAACUUUUACCCUUUUUACUGCACUGUGCAAGACUUUUUGCACUUUUGAUGCACAGUGCGAAAAAGAUUUUUUGUCGAGAAUGCACAGUGCGUUGUGCGACAAAAAAUUUCCUUUUUAUUGCACAGUGCGAAAUAUAAAAAUAGGCUUUUUUCGGGUUUAGAUUUUUGAAUUUUACGUUUUUUUUUAUUUUUAGGAUUGUUGUUGGCGUUGGAGCUCUGUUCAUUGUACUUUUGCCCGCCGUUCCGAUCUACAUUAUGAGGUUAAGAAUUUCCGAUUCAGCUGCCAUCGACAGCCCACCUGGACCCAUUAGAAUUGGGAAAUGGGAGAUUUGA